AUGGAUUCUACUCAAGAACUCAACCUUAACAACCUCAAAGCACUCAAAAUCCUAGGUAAAGGAGCAAUGGGGACCGUUUUCUUAAUUCAACAAAACAACUCCUUCAUGGCACUCAAAGUAGUUGAUAAAACCUCGACUCACGACGCCGAGCGUCGAGCCCGUUGGGAAACCAAAGUCUUAUCCAAUUUAGCCCAUCCAUUUCUCCCAUCCCUCCUGGGCUCUUUCGAAACAGGCCAGUUAUUAGCCUGGUCUGUUCCGUAUUGCUCAGGAGGCGAUCUCAAUGUCCUCCGCUACCACCAAACGGAUCGCGUCUUCUCCACAAAUGUGAUCCGUUUCUACAUAGCAGAGAUUAUCUGCGCUCUCGACCAUCUCCAUACCAUGGGCAUCGCUUACCGUGACCUUAAACCGGAAAACGUACUCAUUCAACAAUCAGGCCACGUCACGUUAACCGAUUUCGAUCUCUCACGUAGACUCUCUCACAAAACGGUUAAAAUCAAAACUCUCAUUUCACUCGAGGAUAACAGAAUCCGUGAAUCCCGCCGCAAAUUCCGGAAAUGGAGAGUCCCGGAGGCUAACGGGAAGAUAGCAAGAGUUAGUCCGGUGGUGCGACGGGAGCUCAGUUUCAGUAACGGUGAAAGGUCUAAUUCAUUUGUCGGUACAACGGAAUAUGUCGCGCCGGAGGUUGUUCGCGGUGACGGACAUGAGUUUGCGGUUGAUUUUUGGGCGCUUGGAGUUUUAACCUACGAGAUGAUGUAUGGGAAAACGCCGUUCAAGGGGAAGAACAAGAAGGAAACGUUUAGAAACGUGCUUUUCAAGUCGCCGGAGUUUGUUGGAAGGAAAACGGCGUUAACGGAUCUUAUAGAGCGGUUGCUUGAAAAGGAUCCGAUGAAGAGAUUAGGUUACGUCGGUGGUGCUAGUGAGAUAAAGGAGCAUGAGUUUUUCAGAGGAGUUAAGUGGGAGAUGUUGACGGAAGUUGUUCGGCCGCCGUUUAUUCCGUCGAGAGAUGAAACUUUUUUCACGUCGGAGAAAUUUGCAGAGGGGGUGAAUAUAAAGGAAUACUUUGAGAAGAUGAAGUCUCCGCCGUCGUUGCCGGCUUCGCCGUUAAGGUCACCGUCGUCUGAGUUUCGGAAUAGUGUUUCUUUUGGAGAGUUCUGA